ACUCCCGGCCCGGCCGCUGCCAAGUCGGAGGAGCCGCUGGAGUGUCUCCCUCUACUGGAGGCUCUCGGGCGGCGGGCGCCGGCCUGCUCCUGCGGCGGGGAGGCCGCCGGCCUGGAGAAGCGGCUCCACUCGCGAGGAACCUCGGAUGGGGAGCGCGAUGGACCCCCAGGAACUCAGGAGCACCUUCCCUCCCCCAAGCCAAGUCCUCCUUAGCGAAUAACCGGGGCCGAGUUCCAAGAUAUCACCGGUGCUGAGGGGACCGAGAUGAGGAUCCUUGGAUCCCCCAAAAGAGAACACCAGCUCUGGAAUCACCAGGCCUGGCUCAGCUCUCCACCCUGUAAUGAAAUGGCCAGCUAUCUGGGACAUUACUGUACCCUCCUCGCCAUCAGAACUGUCACUCCCGCUGCCAUCAGAACUAUCACUCCCGCUGCCAUCAUCCUCUCCUUCAGCCCCAACUCCAUUGUCAUCACUCGCAUCACCACCACCUCACACAGAACCAUCUGCAUCCUUCUGCUCACCCAGUGGACCCUCUCCUCCCUGCACCCAGGGAGGAACCCUAUCAGCAUUUGCUGCCUUUGAUGCUGCCUCCAAACUCUAAGCCCUCCUGAG